UAUGUCUCCACUCCCGGUCCGCCCCGUCGCCCCCGAGAUAUAAGAGCCUCCUCGGUACAGUAGAAUCGUAGGCAGAAGUCGAAAAAUACAUGAACUGAGAUUCAUCCUCAUGCCAUAAAAACCGCCUAGGGUUUCCUGGGAAUACAAUAACGUCAUAUUGCAGCUCCAAAUCAUUCUUACGUCCCAUAGUGUAUAAGAGAUCCAAUAAAAGGGGUCAGAUAUCCACGCCAACAACUUUCCAGAGCGUCCAUAUCACUCAAAUCCCCUUCCCCUAUAACCCAACCUUAAUCAAACCAAACCAAGCCCCAAAUCAAGCCCCCAAACCCCAAAAUGGCAGAAACCAAAUACUCCAACCGCACCAUCCCCAAGAUCUCGCUCCGCGACUUCCCCGCCCGCAUCCCCGAGAUAACCGCCCAGCUCAUCCGCGCCGCCGAAACAGACGGCUUCUUCGCACUAACCGACCACGGGAUCCCCUCCUCGGCAAUCGCCGCGCAGUUCGCCCUAGCAGAGCGCUUCUUCGCGCUCCCCGACGCCACCAAAGCCCUCGUGCCCUUCACCCACGCCAACGUAGGCUGGGAAAAGGGCGCGCAAGUGCGCCCCUCCACCGGCGCCGCCGACCAGAAGGAGAGCUACCAGAUGCAAUACGGGCCCGCGAUGACCUCAUCCUGGCUGCCCGAAACCGUUCUCCCGGGUUUCAAGGAGCAGAGCCUAGCGUUCAUGCGGCAAGCGCAGGACGUCAGCGAGAAGCUUAUGCUGUGUUUCGCGCGCGGGCUCAGGUUCGCGGACGAUUACUUCGUCAAGGCUCAUGAUGUGUCAAGGCCGAAUGCGCAGACGGUGCUGCGGAUCCUGCAUUACUUCGCGAUGGACCCUAGCGCGCCGACGCCCGAGGGCUACUACCGCGCGGGCGCGCACGCCGACUGGGAUUUCGUUACUUUGCUGUUCCAGAGGCCGGGGCAGAGCGGCUUGGAGAUUUGCCCUGGCAGGGAGGUGUGCACGGAGUUUGGGCUGGGGGAUACGUGGACGAAGGUCGAGCCGGCGGAGGGGGAGAUCGUUUGUAAUAUUGGCGAUCUCCUGAUGAGUUGGAGUGACGACCGUUUCAAGUCGACAUUCCACCGCGUCAAGACGCCGACUGAUCCCGCCGUCGACUACUACGGUCCGCGGUACAGCAUGGCAUACUUCAACCAGCCCAACACGGACUGUGAGAUUCAGGGUCCGCUGAAGAAGUAUCCGAUGGUGACCGGAUCGGAAUUCACGAAGGCGGCCAUGAAACGCAAUUAUGAGGCCUUGGAGGCCAAGAAGAAGGAGUUGGCCAGCGAAGCUGGACGGGGCGAGGGGAGUUUAGUUGCCGCUGCUUCUUGAUUUUGUUUGGCACAUAUCACUGAGAAUAGUGAUUUGUUUUGUAGGUAUUUACAUACAUCUACACGUACCAAGCACGUCAACGUCCGUAGAAUAUCAGCACUUGAGUAAUCCCUUAAUUGGAGAUAGGAGUUAGUAACAGUUGAAAUGCUGCCGGCUGAUGUCGAAUAUCAAAAAUGCAUGCUAAGGAGAUCAACACGAGACGACUCUGUUGAAUGGGUAUGAUAAUUAGCAUACUUUUACGUUUAUAUUCUAUUUGAAGAUGGCAUCCUCAUGAUGUCUUCAAUCGAGUAAGGCCAAAAAGAUCAACACCAGCGUAUCUUAGGAUCUAUACCUAGCGGAUAUGAUCACCGGCUCUCCAAA